CUUUUUUCUUUCUUCACUCAGCAGUCAGCACUGCAGCAUAAGUAUCUUCGCACAACACUAUACAACUCAGAGGACAAGAGAAGGGAGGAGACGGCUUUUAAAUACCAACUCUUUUUAUUAGUUAGCUUUCUCUCUCUCAACUCCGAAGUCUUUUAGGGUUUCAUUUCUUUUGAUCCAUCCAUCUCUCGAUUCAAACAAAGUUGUUUGAUAAUCAAUGGCGAUGUCAACUAUGAUCAGAUCUGCAACUUCUCCUUUAUUCGAUGGAUCUCGUACCUUCGAAUCUUCUUCUUCCUCCUUUAUUGCUGGAACUCGAACUAAUAAUGUUUCAUUUGGUGGAGUUAACAGAAAUGUAAAAUCCGUUGGGGUUCAGUCAAACGUUUUUGCUUCCAGAAAUGUUCGACCUGUCAGAGCUACAGCAACAGAAAUGCCACCAACAAUUCAGAAAUCAUCCAGCAGUGGAAAGACGAAAGUUGGAAUCAAUGGUUUUGGUCGAAUUGGAAGGUUGGUCUUACGUAUUGCGACAAGUAGGGAUGAUAUCGAGGUGGUAGCUGUCAACGAUCCAUUCAUUGAUGCUACAUACAUGGCUUACAUGUUCAAGUAUGAUUCAACCCAUGGAGUUUUCAAAGGAAGCCUCAAGGUUGUUGACAGUACUACGUUGGAGAUCAAUGGGAAGCAGAUUAAAGUAACAAGCAAAAGGGAUCCAGCUGAGAUUCCUUGGGGCGAAUAUGGGGCUGACUAUGUUGUCGAAUCUUCCGGGGUUUUUACAACAUUGGAGAAGGCAGCAGCACAUAAGAAGGGUGGUGCUAAGAAGGUGAUUAUUUCAGCACCAUCAGCUGAUGCACCUAUGUUCGUGGUUGGAGUCAAUGAGAAGACAUACAAAUCAAGCAUGGACGUAGUUUCUAAUGCUAGUUGCACCACCAACUGCCUUGCUCCUCUUGCAAAGGUGGUUCAUGAAGAGUUUGGUAUUCUUGAAGGUCUAAUGACAACCGUCCAUGCAACUACAGCCACUCAGAAGACUGUGGAUGGUCCCUCAAUGAAGGAUUGGAGAGGAGGUCGUGGAGCUUCACAGAAUAUUAUCCCCAGUUCCACUGGUGCUGCAAAGGCUGUUGGAAAGGUUUUACCCGAGCUAAAUGGAAAGCUCACUGGAAUGGCCUUCCGUGUCCCAACACCAAAUGUUUCGGUGGUGGACUUAACUUGCCGACUUGAGAAAAGUGCUUCUUACGAUGAUGUGAAAGCAGCCAUUAAGUUUGCAUCAGAGGGGCCAUUGAAAGGGAUUCUUGGAUACACUGAUGAGGAUGUUGUCUCCAAUGAUUUUGUUGGUGAUGCAAGAUCGAGCAUAUUUGAUGCUAAGGCAGGAAUUGGGCUGAGUUCUUCUUUUAUGAAGCUUGUAUCGUGGUAUGACAACGAGUGGGGCUAUAGUAACCGUGUUUUGGACUUGAUUGAGCAUAUGGCUUUGGUAGCUGCUUCCCAAAGUUGAAAUGUUCGCAUAGGAGGUUUCAGUGGUCAUUAGUUGGAUUCUAAACAACAAUUGAGCACCUGAUGAGGCUACUUCAUCCGAUGUGCAAAGAAAUAGAAUUAUUUGUAGAAUUUACUCAGAAAUGCAGUUUUGAUUGUUUCCUUUUACAGCUCCCUAAUGCGUUCGAGGGAUGUAAACAUAAAUGGCUCCUCUCUUUUCGUACUUCAAUAAUUUUAUUUACUCAGUAAGUGUUUGUUCAGAUAAGAUGUGAUAUUUUUGAUUUUUCCUUGGUA